AUGACCUUUGAUCAAGGCCGAAAGGCAGCCAGCCGCUCAGACUAUCCGUCUCAUCAGGAGGACUUUCGUCAGCCAUCUGCCUUUGGGGUUGGUCAAUCCGACUAUGAUCACAAAGCCCAGCAGCGAGCUAACUAUGCUCUCGCCCUUCAAAUGUCAUGUCGAGAUGUCGUUCAAACCAUCAAGGCAAGUGACCUGCUCAUGAGCAAUGAAUGGGCAAAGCCCCUCACGCAUGCCCCGAAUGCCAUCUCCAUCAUGGCUCUGUGUCUCAAAACGGCGGCUGUGCGCGAGGCUGCCAACAUCAAGGUGAGGGACAAGGAGAUCACGGAUGAGACUGGGAAAAUCAUCGGUCUGCUCCCGUCAGAGUAUUUUCGUACAAAUCUACAGCACUGUGCGGACAUCGGUAGACUUGCUUUCCUUGAUGCGCAGAAACGUAUGAACAACCUCCAGAGUGUCGCUCGCAGCAUGAUUGCGCCUGAGGGCACCAUCGCAUACAUCAUCGAUUUACUCAGCGACUUGGAAGACGCCGAGGACAAUCUUCCGGGAGCUAUGAAGCGACUGGAAACUAACGCUGAGAACUUCAAAGCUGAUGCUGAAGCUAUCACCAAAAAGUUUGAGUAUUGGGAGAAAGUGAUUAUGCAUCUACUUAAGAACUCGCAAGAUGCGGGGUCGAUGACUGAAGAGAAACGAACUCAAAACACAGCUGAUGCUGUCAUGGCAGAUGCAGAAAGACAAACUAGAGAGAGAGAGGAAGAAGAUGCCAAGCGAGCCAUCCAAGAGCAACAGAAGUUGCUUCAAAUGGCCCGCAGAGAGGUUGAAGAAGCCCAGCGAAGGUUGAAUGUGCUUCUUGAUCGGCCACCUAUUGAGGAGCCACCCGCAUGGUCCGAUAUGAAGCACGCACGGGAGUUCGUUCCAGAUCGACCAGCACCAAGUCGUGGAGAAAAGGGCGCAUUCGCCAAAGGAUGGGGAUAUUUCUUUGGCUCCAGUGACAGCGAGGUCGCAGCAGAGAACAGGCACCGUAAGGAACAUGCUGAGAGUAUCGAGAAUGAAAGACAAGCCUAUAUAGCCAGAGCAGUAGAGCACCGUGAGAUGCAGAGACGAGUGGCGCAGGCUCAAUUGGACGAAGCCAGAGGAAACGAGUCGAAGCUCUGGGAAGAACUCAACAAACAGAAUGAAAAGCUCUCGGUCAGUCAUCACAGCCUCACGAAGGCUAAGCAUGAUCUCGCAAAGACCCAUGCCGAGCUUCAGCGUCUAUGCUCUGAGAAGAUUGAACUAGAGCAGAUUAUGAAGAUCCUCGAGGAGUCUAUGCGCCGCCUAACAGAGCUAAAGAAGGAAGUCGAGGAGAUGGCAUUAUUCUUCAGCCGAGUGCAAACCGUCAUCACGACGACUGUAAAUGAGAACUUGCAGAGUUUCUUGAACCCAAUCCAACGUGCGUUGGACAAGGGAGACAGCGUUGACAAGAUUCGGGAGAGAAGCAAGCAGAAUCUACUCAGAAAUGCAUUUGAGCUGCAAGGACGCUUUUCGGCUACGGCAGACGUGGCUAGCAUGUAUGUCCUUGUGUCUAAUAAGUACAUCCGGCCGGGAAUCAAUAAGAUGGAGGCGCUGGCAGCUAUGAAUGACGAUGACUUCGAGCGGGGAAAGGAGGAGUUCAGGGAUUGGUGUGACAGCGCAGCGGAGGACAUUGUGCGCAUCACUGAUGGUGAACAGUCCAAGAUGGCGGAGAAUUUGACAAGGAAUGUUGAAGUUUUGAGUCAAAGGGCUAUAACAGGUGCUUUAUAG